AUGGCUUUGGAUAUUUCGGACUCAGUGAACUUCACAGAGAAUGAUUAUCAUGAAGAAUUUGACAAAGACACAAUUGUUUACUUGUCAGGUGAUUCCCCUAAUGUACUUGAAGAUCUGUCUGAUGACCAUGUGUAUAUAAUUGGAGGACUAGUGGACCACAAUCAGUACAAGGGCAUGUGUCAUCAGCUUGCAGUAGAACAAGGAAUGUCCCAUGCACAGCUACCUAUUGGACAGUAUAUUGAGAUGAAGUCUCGUAAAGUACUCACAGUUAAUCAUGUUUUUGAAAUUCUGUUGAAAUAUUCUGAGACAAAAGACUGGAAGGAAUCAUUCUUUUCUGUGAUACCUCAAAGGAAAGUGGUCAGUAAUACAGACAAAGAAGAGGCUUACACUAGUAAACAGGAAACAGAUGUGGAGAAUGCUCCUUCAAAUGAAAAUGGCAGUGACAGUAACCCAACAACAGCUGCUAGCAGUACUAAUGAAGCAGGGGACACGCUUAGUAAUAAACUUGAAAAAGACGAUGUGAAAUUGACCAAAACUGGUUGUGACAAUACUGCAAUGAAUGAUUCAAGCUGUAGAAUGAUAUCUGAUAUAAAACAGGACUUUGAACUCUUGAAAUUAACUAGUGAUAAAGACAUUCCUACUUCCUCCAAGGACAGCCAGUUUAAAUGCAAUUCCGUAAAAAGCAGACAUUUUGAAAACGAUUCUCAAGCAAUAGAGGAGACAGAUUUAAGCACUUUAAUUUGUGAUAUUGAAGAGAAUAAGCAAACAGCUUUAGAUAAUACAAAUUCUUGA